ACUUCUUACAUUUCUUAGAUUUCGUUUUAUCAAACGCAUGAAGAUGUCGCCUGUAAGGAGUUUAAAACAUCUGCUAUAGAGGAACGCCACUGAUGGCCACCAGUUCUACCAUUCAAAAUGUUUUCUCGUUAAUGUUCUCAUUAUAAAGCAUUGUAAACUUGCUCAUGAGUCCACGGGGGGCGCAAUCAAAGGUUGGAACAGCCAUUGUGCCGUACCGUAGUGUUUCUCGGGAACGAGGCCAUCCUCUGUUUAGCAUGGUUACGGACGAUUCCAUAUGAUCUUUCAAUGCGGGGCCCGAUUUCUUGUUAUAGUCUUUAGGCAAUUAAACUAAGACUGGGUGUAAUUAGAGCAAUUGAAACACCAUUUUCGAUAAUAAAAUCAAAGUACUGUAUACUUCAAUUGCACGAAAUGCAUCGUUUCUUUGCCAACACAUUCACUUCCCCGUUGCUAUGAAACGUUGCUAUGAAGUCCAAAUGGAACGUCCCCAUUGUCCCCAAUACGAUUUGCAACUUUUUGCAUUUUCAGUCACGAAAAUGGCUUCUCUUACAGUUAGCACCUAUGCUGAGAAAAAUGGAAAGAAUUAUAUGGAAGAUCGCCAUUUCAUGUUCAAGCAUCGAAAUGGCGUCUUUGUGGCGGGCGUGUGUGACGGACACGGUGGCGAAUUCUGCUCGGAUUUCGUCGCCCGGGACCUCCCCGAAAACCUCUCGGCUGAGAUGGACUACCACACCGACCACGAGACCGCCCUGAGACGGGCCAUCCGCGAGACAGACCGGGACUUGUGUACCCGUCUGACCGGGAGAUGGAAGAAGGCAGGGACUACGGCAGUGAUCUGCAUGAUCACGGACUCGGAGGUCAUCGCUGGCUGGGUUGGCGACUCUCAAGCCGUCCUAGUCCGACCCAACACCCAGGGCAUUCCUCUAGUCACCGUGCACAGAUGUGCCUGUGAGAAAGAGAGACAGCGUAUCAAGCAGGCAGGAGGAACGGUCACUUGUUACAAGGGAAAGUUUCGUCUGAACGGAGCUCUGAGUGUAUCACGAUCCCUGGGAGACACAGAGUACAGACCUGGCCUGACUGCCGUACCUGAGGUGACGCAUACCCCGCUGACCGGUACUGAGGAGUACCUCGUGCUCGGCUCUGACGGCUUCUUCGAUCAUGUGUCGCUCGAGUCCAUCCGACACUCUGUAUAUCUGAGCUACAUGAGACAUGGUGGAUGCCUGGACAAUGUCUCCAAAGACCUGUUCGUGCGAGCGCAGAAUGCCGGCGCCAUUGACAACAUCACCAUCAUGGUAUGCUUCUUUCGAAAGCACCUGUCCUGUCCCUACCAAUCGGAGGAUGAGGUCAGCAGAGUCAGCCGGUUGUCCCACCUUGCGGAGUUGGAUGAUGAUGAUGAUGAUGAGGGAGGCUCUGAUGAGGACGAGAUUGACAGAUUCCUGGCCGAGGUCCAUGCCAUGACUCCCGAGAAGAAGCCCGAGAUGACUCCCGACCAGCACCAGAGCACUCCACCAGAGAGCCUUCCAUCCUUUGCUCCAACUUGCAAAGGCAUCACUUUGGGCCAGAAGGCAGCAACGACCACACCAACUCCCAAGACACCAGUCGCUGUGCACCGGUCAUUCUCAAGUGUAGCAGUCUCAGCCCAGUCAGUCGAGUAUGUCAACCCUACAGAUUGCUUGCCAGCAGUUGAGUUCAACAGGCCGCCCUCUGGGAUCUGUGCACCAUCUCCGACUCCUGUGAGACUGUCCCAACCAUCGCCCCCUCCUGUGCCAACCAACAGCCCGCAUCCUACAACUUCAGCACCGACAUUCAGUCCAAUCGUAAGCUUGCACCCCACAGGGCCGCGACCAACCGUGCCUCGCUUUUCCGCCUACAAGCCCCGCAUGUACGACCAGUGGCAGAGAGUUCCGAAAAAGAUCAAGUCUUCGACUGCCCACGCAAACCAGACACCCCUUCCUCUGAAGAAAGUGUCCAUCGAGAUGGCAUCAUCCAAACCAGCGGCAAAACAGUAUGCCAAGGGAUCGCCGGUACUCACAGGCAAUCGCAGGUACUCAUCAGUAAGUCGUGACAAGAUGCCUGACAAGACGAAGGCCAAGCAAGUGGCCUCCGCCCCUUUGCUCCUUAUGACAACAAAGUUGGAGACAACAAACAGGCCAUCCCACCAAGCUGCAAGGCCAUGCCGCAAGUGCGAAAGUUGCGAGUCCGGUCGCAGUCCGGUGAGACCAUGCUGGAAGGUCACGGAAGCCCAGGGAAGUGGAGACGAGAAACCAAAGAAGAAGAAGAACAUCAUCAGGAGGGCGCUGAAGAGUGGCAAGAAGAGGGGUCAGGAAGUGCUGGAGGGCGGGCGCAAGGCGCUGAAGGCGAGCCGAGAAGUCCUGCACGCCAAGGUGACCUGGGUGGGAACCCACAUCAACCGCUUGGGCUCUGCUGUGUCGAGGAAGAACCGCGUGUCUCCACUGGAGCCAGGUUAAGUGCAUAACAGAUAAUCAUAGAUCAUUUCUAAUUUUUAAUUAGUUAGAGCAUGGCUUGUCAGGGGGAUUGGGGGAGGAUCUGGGAGUUGUCAUUAACCACAAUUUGUCUUACCUUAGACUUGCCACCAAAUUCAAUUCCACAUUAUAAUUUUCUACUGUAUUCAUACAUGACACAAACAUUUCUAUCAUCAAAUACAUUAUUUCUGUUAGUUUCAAUUUGGAACUUUUGUGACUGAAAUAUAGUUUUACUCAAAAUAGUUCAAACUUAUUACAAAUAUAAUCUAAAACCCUUCUUGGUGACUCUGGUUACACAAAAUAUGACAUUUUAGACUUUUUGACUCAAACUUUUAGCCCAAUACAUUAUUAUUGACACAGAAAAUCAACUUACAUGCUUAUAGACCCAUACUAAACUGGUCAGUUUGAGGAGCUUCAAAGAUGGCCAGCCUGGUGUGGCUGGAUUAUUCAGGACCAUGAGUAGAGUUACAGUAUAAGAAAAUGGUACAAUUAAAAAAAAAGGGUUUAAGAUUAUUAUGGUUUUACAAAAACAAAAAGGGGAAGAAAAGAAAAUAAUGUAAUCUGUUAGUUUCAAUUUGGAACUUUUGUGACUGAAAUAUUGUUUUACUCAAAAUAGUACAAAAUUAUCACAAAUAUCAUUUAAAACCCUUCUUGGUGACUCUGGUUACACAAAAUAUGACAUUUUAGACUUUUUGACUCAAACUUUUAGCCCAAAACAUUAUUAUUGACACAGAAAAUCAACUUACAUACUUAUAGACUCAUAUUAAACUGGUCAGUUUGAGGAGCUUCAAAGAUGGCCAGCCUGAUGUGGCUGGAUUAUUCAGGACCAAGAGUAGAGUUACAGUAUAAGAAAAUGGUACAAUUAAAAAAAAAGAGUUUAGAAUUAUUAUGGUUUUACAAAAAGAAAAAGGGGAAGAAAAGAAAAUAAUGUAAUCUGUUAGUUUCAAUUUGGAACUUUUGUGACUGAAAUAUAGUUUUACUCAAAAUAGUUCAAACUUAUUACAAAUAUAAUCUAAAACCCUUCUUGGUGACUCUGGUUACACAAAAUAUGACAUUUUAGACUUUUUGACUCAAACUUUUAACCCAUUACAUUAAUAUUGACAUAGAAAAUCAACUUACAUACUUAAAGACUCAUAUUAAACUGGUCAGUUUGAGGAGCUUCAAAGAUGGCCAGCCUGGUGUGGCUGGAUUAUUCAGGACCAAGAGUAGAGUCACAGUAAGAAAAUGGUAUAAUUAAAAAAAAAUAGUUUAAGAUUAUUCUGGUUUUACAAAAACAAAAAAGGGGAAGAAAAGAAAAUAAUGUGAGAGGAAAAAGUGUGCCGGUCUUCACCAAACUAAUUAACCUGAAUAACAGAACAUACCUCAUCAGAGAUGACGAUACAGUGACAACGGACGGCUAACUGACAUUACUAAAGAACCAUGGAGCAACUAUUUCUAUUGGUUGAGAUGGAGCUGAAGCCUCGGGCUGAACCUGAAUGACAUUAUCAUUCAACAAAUUGAUUGGAAGAAACUCUGAAGUCUUUUGUGAUUGGAGGAUGACUGGAAGGGACAAAUGUCCAGAGGGAUCAAACUAGUUCAGACUAGUUUGACAGUCAAGUGGAAUCUACUCAGGUUAGGUGUAAACAUGAUACAGUCCACACAGAAUGACUGCUGGGUACAGUCUGCCUGGGGUGCUGGGGAAGUGCUCAGUAGUCAUGCUGGGAGUCCAUAGAAUAGAACUGACUGAAGAAGUUCUUUCUUUUUCUUCUAGAACUGACUGACUGUAGUGGACUGGCACCAACUGGCAGAGGGGGAAUGGGGGCUAAGGGAGAGAUCGGUUGCCCCAGAAAUAUUUAUUACCCAACUCCAGGGCAACAGAUUUCUCCCUAGCUCCCAUCCUCCAUCAAAAUUCCAGGCUGCCGAUGGCCUUGUUGCUCACCAGGUUCUCCCCCUCCCUCCAGUUGGUGUUGAGUCUACACAGUCAGUCUAAUGCAAUAAUAUAUACGACACUAAAUAUUCUAGGGCAGGGUCUAAGGUUGACCCUGCCCUGGAGAUUGAAUACGAUGGGGCAGAAAAGAUUGACCCUGCCAUUGGGGAUUAGUAAUACUCUGGGGCAGGGUCUAAGAUUGACCCUGCCCUGGACAUGAGUAGUAUGUAGGGCAGGGUCUUAGGCUGAUGUGUGGACUCCCUCUGUCAGCACCACACUGCCCUGGCUGGGACUCCCACUCCUGAGCAAUUCCCCAGCCCCCUCACCCCAUAAAGACUGUGUAUUAGGCGGCAUCAGUCGGUAGCCAAUCCACUGAAACGACUUAGCCUGCUUCCUGCCUCUUCCUCCAAAGCUUCCCCUAUCCCUUCCUCGCUCUUCCUGUCACUUCUUCAGGUCUUCUUUUUUUCUCUUCCACCCCAAACUGCUCUCUUGCAACGGUGGUGCAGUGGCAUCUCUUUUGACCCUCAUCCGUUACACCCUCUCGCUGUUGGGCCCGGCAUUGGCGGCCAAUCCACUACCCAUUCAUUCCUCCUGGCCUCCAGCCUGCUUCCUCCCUUCCACCGACACAAACAGCGGAUUCUGUGGAUUGGUUCUUGGUGAAACCUUACCUGAGUAGAUUCCACUGGACUGUCAAACUAGUCUGAACUGGUUUGAUCCCUCUGGACUUUGUCCCUUCCAGUCAUCCUCCAAUCACAAAAGACUUCAGAGUUUAAAUUUUCUUCCAAUCAAUUCGUUGAAUGAUCACGUCUUGUCAAUCUCGAGAACCGCUUGCUCAUGGAUAUACUCAGCGCGCUGACAAAGGUUCAUGGAGAGAGAGAGAGAGAGGACGAGUGCUCUUUGAUGAAAGCACAAUGCUCUCCUAUAGAUGUCUGCAUUGGGAGUAAAUCUGCUGAAAAUUAUCUUUCACUCCAGAACCAACAACCCAGCCCUGGCCACAGGUGUCUGUUUCAGUUAUAAUUCAAACUUAAACACAACGCUAAUGAUUAUUGUGAUUGACCAAUACUUGGUUGAGCUAGGUUUAGUGGGUACUCACUGUCACCCAACAGGGUGGUAGCCAGGGAGUGGCGACCCUGCCAUGGAGGAGCCAGUCACAAAAUUAGGCUUCUUAGGUUAACCUCAAGCAGCGGACACUGUUGAUUGGUUUUUGGCUAACAGAUGAAAUGUGAAUAAGUGAUAACAAAAAGAUAGUGGACUGUGGUUCGAAUUCUAUGCUGGCAACCUGUAUUUCAGGCCUUUAUGGCUGGCAUGUGAUAAAAAAGCUAACUGACCAGUGGGUUAAAAAUGUAAAACAAAAAACAUGUUGCAACUCUGGGAUAUUGUAAAAAAAUUACGACUCUUAGAUAUCAUAAUAAUACAUAACCUCCCUAUAUGUAAACAGUAACAUCAAAUUUAGUGAUCAGCUUACUCUACUAUACACAUUCCCUGCAUGGGCUGAACUUUGUAACAUAAUUUGUACUUUAUACAACAACCUAUUGAUUAUAAAAGAACACCUGUUGCCAGUACAUUAAUAGAUAUUGGUACUCACUGUCACCCAACAGGGUGGCAGCCAGGGAUUGGCGACCCUGCCAUGGAGGAGCCAGUCACAAAAUUAGGCUUCUUAGGUUAACGACAAACAGCUGUUAAUUAGUCCCAGGUGAUUAUUGUGUUAUAAGUCUUACCAGGUAAAUGCUACUCUUACAGCCUUAUCUUAUAUUAGAACAUUUACAUAAACGACUCCCAGUGAAUCCCCCAACCUUUUAACACCUUACCAAUUUACCAUCAGAAAGACAAGCCAUGUUCUAUUCCUGCUGUGAUGAUCCUACAAUUAAUAAACUAAUUUGUAUGUAAUCUUAUGUAGAAUAGAGAAGAAAUAUGUGUAAUAUUACAAAUUGAUAUGACUUGGAAAUUGACAUGUAUUUUGCGCUGUAUAUCACAUGCUUUUGAUUUCUGUGUCACAAUUUUGUACCUUUUGGUAUUGUGAAAUACAAUAUUUACUUUAAAGCCAUGUCUAAUUAUAAGUAUAUAUACCAUGUGCAUGUUAAAGAUUUUCGUGCUGCAUACUUUGUGCAUGUCACAUGUUAUCUGACUUCUGUGUCACACAGUACAAUUUUGUACAUUCUCAUAUUGUGAAAUACAACUUGUGCAUUAAACACAUGUCUAAUUAUAAGUGUAUAUAUACCAUAUGCAUGUAAAAUAUUUUUGCUCUGCAUACUUUGUGCAUGUCAUACAGUCACAUACUAUCUGACACAGUCACAGUUUUGUACAGUUUGGUAUUGUGCAAUGCAAUAUUUUCAUUAAAACAUGUCUAAUGAUGAUUGUAUCUAUACUGUGUGUAUGUUUAACAUUUUGUGCUGCAUACGUUUGCGCUGCAUCACAUUCUAUAUGACUUCUGUAUCACAACUUGUACAAUACAUGGGAUUGUCAACUGGUAAA